AUCAACUGUGUGAACUACCAUUCCCAGUGGACCACAUCACUACGUACAUACAAAUAUAUUAUCCAAAAAUGGAUGGCAUCCACACAACUAUAUAUAGUGCAUUUGUAUAAUAAACAAAUCACUACUAGCAGAUUUGAGAAAAAUCUUCUUUCUUCAUAGCAUUUGCCUUGUUUAUUCACACAACAAAAAUGGCUAACGAUGAGGUGGUUCUGUUGGAUUUCUGGCCUAGUAUGUUUGGCAUGAGGCUUAGGAUUGCACUUGCUGAAAAAGAGGUUAAGUAUGAGUACAAAGAAGAGGAUUUGAGGAACAAAAGUCCUCUGCUAUUACAGAUGAAUCCUAUCCACAAGAAAAUACCAGUUUUGAUUCACAAUGGAAAACCAGUCUGUGAGUCUAAUAUUGCAGUUGAGUACAUUGAUGAAGUGUGGAAGGACAAAGCUCCUUUGCUUCCUUCUGAUCCUUAUGACAGAGCACAAGCUAGGUUCUGGGCUGACUACAUUGAUAAGAAGAUGUAUGAAACUGCAAGGAAGAUAUAUAUGGUAAAGGGAGAAGAACAGGAGGCUGGCAAGAAAGAUUUCAUAGAAGUCCUUAAAGUGCUGGAGGGAGCACUUGGAGACAAGCCUUAUUUUGGAGGGGAUAACUUUGGUUUUGUGGAUAUUGCUCUCAUUGGGUUCUAUUGCUGGUUUCAUGCUUAUGAGACUUAUGGUAACUUCAGCAUAGAAGCUGUGUGUCCAAAGUUGGUGGCUUGGGCCAAGAGGUGCAUGCAGAGGGACAGUGUGGCUAAGUCUUUGCCUGACCAACAUAAGGUUCUUGAGUUUGUGAAAGUUAUUAGGCAGGCUAAUGGACUUGAAUAAACAUAUGCUUCUGCAGUAAUACAUUAUAAUGUAUUUAUUGAAGAGGCACUUCAUUGUGCCUUUUGAGUUGUUUCAAGAUUUGAAAUGUUUGUUUGGUCAUACUAUAAGUUCUACUUGUAAUAAAGGACACUUAGCUUGUGUCUUGUUUAAGGUUGUCUUUUGUUGUCCUUGUAUGAAAUUCUGGGGUUCUUUUGUUAUGAGAAGUAAUUAAUCACUUUUUUGAUGAGCA